UGGAUAUUUUUGAUACGAUGGACUUACUACAAAAGGACUGUGGAUUUUGCGUCAAAUUUGCGACGUAGGUCCAGGUGAGGAGAAGAAAUUUCAACCUGCAGUCCAAUAGGAAACCCAUUACAUUGUGAUGUUAAGCAGAGGAGCAUGGUGGAACAAACAAUUGUCAGUUGGAAAUGCGUUUAAGAAGCAACAGCCUGGAAAGUUCACCCAAGAUUAAAAGAUUGCAUCAAAGAGUGAGGUCACGGCAUCAAAAUUCUGAGAAGGACGAACUAUACUCAAGAGAUAUUAAGAUAAACAAUCGAAGGGAAAGGGACUACAUGGAAGAGACAGGUACUGUUUUGAGAAACCACAAAACAAGGGCUUCAUCCAAGAAGCAUGAAGAUCUUUCUCGAGAUGACCUGUUGUUUCUGCUCAGUGUGCUUGAAGGUGAAUUGGAGGCUCGAGAUGAAGUCAUAACUGUACUAAAAGCAGAAAAAAUUGACUUAGCACUUCUAGAAGCGCAGUAUGGGUUUGUUAUGCCAACAAAGGUACUACAAGCUCUCCAAAGAGAUUCCAUCCAAGCAAAAACCAAUUCACUGCAGGAGGAUAUCUAUGAAAAACCAAUGGUUGAGCUUGACAAAUUAGUUGAAAAACAGAAAGAAACUCACAGGCGGAUGUUAGAGCAACUUCUCCUGGUAGAAAGAUCUCACAAACAGACAGUAGAUGAUUUGGAAGAUGAGAAAAAGAAGCAUGUGGAAUACAUGGAAAAGAGUGAUGAAUUCACCAACCUCCUUGAACAAGAGCGUGAACGAUUGAAAAAGCUCAUUGACCAAGAAAAAGCAUAUCAGGUGAAAAAAGAACUAGAAAAUGUCAAGAAAAUUGCAAAGUUAAAGGAAGAGCUUACCAAACUGAAAUCAUUUACAUUGAUCCUUGUGGAUGAACAGCAACGACUUUCAGAGCAGCUCAACCAACAAAAUCAAAAAGUCCAGGAGCUAUCCGUCAUUGCACAGGAAGCUCAGGAAAAGCUAACAGCCUCUGAAGAAAGGUCAACUGAAGAAGAACAUAAAGCGUUUGCUCUUGAGAUUGAACUUCAAACACAAACCAGCAGAUUUUAUCAGGAACAGGAAACAACGAUGGCAAAAUUGACCAAUGAGGAAAGCCAGAAUCGGCAGCUCCGACUAAAAUUGGCCACACUCAGCCGACAGAUAGAUGAGUUGGAGGAGACAAAUAAAUCACUGAAGAAAGCGGAAGAAGAACUGCAAGAUCUGCGGGAAAAAAUAAACAGAGGCGAGUGUGGAAAUUCCAGCUUGAGGGCCGAGGUAGAAGUUCUACGGAAACGUGUCUUAGAAAUAGAAGGAAAAGAUGAGGAACUUUUAAAAAUGGAGGACCAGUGCCGGGAUCUCAACAGGAAAUUAGAAAAGGAAGAAAGCCAUAGUAGGAAUCUAAAAACAGAGGUAGAGAAACUAAAGAAAAGAAUAAUGGAAUUGGAAAAAUUGGAGGAUGCCUUCAGUAAAAGUAAACAAGAAUGCUAUGUGCUUAAAUGCAAUCUGGAAAAAGAGAAGAAUCUAUCAAAGCAAUUAGCAAAUGAAUUAGAGACUUUAAAAGUAAGAGUUAGGGAACUUGAAGCAAUUGAAAACAAACUAGAGAAAACCGAAUUAGCCAUGAAGGAGGACCUAAGCAAGCUUAAAACAUUAACUGUAAUGUUGGUUGAUGAAAGAAAAAAUAUGGCGGAGAAGAUGAGGCAAACAGAGGACAAAUUUCAAAAUGCGAAUGCUCAGCUUCAAACAGAAGAAAAUAAAGUUACAGUUGUAACAGAAAAACUUAUUGAGGAAAGCAAAAAAGCACUGAAAUCCAAAGCAGAAUUGGAAGAGAAAACAUAUAAUUUGACUAAGGAAAGAGAUGAGCUUAAAAAGAAGCUGAAAGCUGAGGAAGAGCGAGGAAAUGACCUUUUGUCCAAGUCCAACCUUAUGAAGAGGAGACUCCAAUCUCUUGAAGCAAUAGAAAAGGAGUACUUCAGAAACAAAGGAAAACAAGAGUAUGGCAAGUCCCCUUCUUGCUUACAAAAGGAUGACAAUAAAAUCAGAGAAUUAACUCAUGACUCUCUGGAGCAUAGGUACUGCGAUGAGCAACAGCGGCUAAAAUUAAUGACAGGAGAACUUGAGACUGUGAAAAAGGAACUAGCUCGAUACAAGCUAGCAGAAAAGAAUGAAUCAACCCAAGAACAAAUCCUGUUUGACAGACUCAGUGAGGAACAGGCAAAAUCAAGCCAUCUAACAAGGGAAGUGGAAGCCCUCAAAGACAAAAUUCAUGAAUAUAUGGCAACUGAAGAUUUACUGUCUCAUUUUAAAGCAGAGCAGGCAUCAAUGCAAAAAAAGUUGACUCAACAAGAAAAUCGAAACAAAGAACUAGCAAGGGAAACUGAAAAUCUUACCAAAGAAUUGGAAAGGUACAGAAGGUUUAGCAAGAGUCUUCGGCCCGGCAUGAAUGGCAGGAGAUUUGGGGAGUUCCAACUCUGUUCAAAGGAGAUUCAGACUGAUGCCAUAGACAAUGAACCACCUGAUUAUAAAAGCCUUAUCCCUUUAGCGAAAGCAGUAGUGAAUGGGAAAAUAUGCACAGAAAGUGAGGAGACUGAUUAUAGCACUCAAGAUGAUGACCAAUCAUUGCAAGUGAACUAUAAUUCAUUAACUGUGAAUACAGUCAAUAAUAAUAAAAGGUCAUGGGCUCCAUCAAUGAAGAACAAUGAACCCUAUGCCCAAAAUGGAAAAACAGUAUCAAAGCUGAAUGGAAAUCUGGCCCAUCCAGGUGAAUUGGUGCUUACUCAGAAACAAGGACAACCUCUUCACAUAAAAGUAACACCAGAUCAUGGACAAAGUACAGCUACUCUGGAAAUCACUAGCCCCACUUUAGAAAAUUCUUUCUCCUACACCAGCACAGCAGUCAUCCCCAACUGUGGUGUUCCAAAGCAAAGAAUUACCAUCAUACAAAAUGCCUCCCUCACACCUGUUAAAUCGAAGGUAAUGGAUGGGUGCUCCACUCCAGAGCGUGCUUUGUCGCCCCUUGGCAGGACUACAACAUCGAGAUCAAAAUCCAGAACUCCAGACUCACGUGGUUCAUCGACUCCAGAACGAACAAUGUCGCCUAUUCAAAUAGUUGCUGUACCUGCAAAUUCCACACACUCACCGGAUCGAACACUGUCCCCUGAGCCAGUGGAAACUGCUGCAGCUCACACCAUCUUCAGAGUUUCACCUGAAAGGAUACAAGGGCGUCAGAUACAGAAGUCAAAUACUAGCCCUAAUGUAAUUACCACUGAAGACAAUAAAAUCCAUAUUCACUUAGGUACUCCCCACAUUCAAACAACCAUACCUGUUUCAAGACCAAUGAGCCCCUGCAGUUCAAUCCAAGAGAUCAGAACUCCAGCUAUAACUAAUGGGACACCAAAUAAAUCAACCAAUAAAAUCACCAGCAGCAUUACUAUCACACCAACAGCCACUCCUGCCCCACGCCAUUCACAAAUUACAGUUGCACAGGAGAAUAUAGUACGACACCCAAUUCCAACUCGGAUUCCUAAACCAAGAUCCAGUUCAAUAAAGUUCAAGAUGCCUGAAAGACCCAUUUCCAAAUCUGAGCUGCAGUCAUAAGAAAACCUGUAUGAAAACAGGCAAAAAGUGGUACCUCCGAUUUCUGUAAUCUAGUUUUGGAAAAAUGUAACAUAUUUUAUCUAGCACAGAAUGUGCAAACAACCAUUACCAAUAGGCUGCAGGGUUAUUUGUGUUCAGUUAAACCUGCAACAAGUGUGAAUUAUUGACCGUUUUCCACAAACGUGUGAAGAAAACGGCUGCAAAAAUCCAUCACAAGCCUGAAAAAUCAACUUGAUAAAUGAUGUUAAGAGGUGAUUGCCUCACAGAGAAAUAAGAUUAAAAGUUAUCUGUUAAUCUCUGAUGGUUAUGCUAAGUUUCAGACAAGCUCCUAAAAUGAUAAGUUUCGAGUUGAAUUCUCUGUCUAGCUGAAUAUUAAGUGUCAAUAUUCUUGCUGCCAAGAAUUGAACCACCUUAGUUGAGAAACUGUUCCUACAAAAGGAUGUGGCAACAAGACCAAGAGGAAUUCUCUGCAUCGUUGACCACUUCAUUCCAGUUCAAGUGUAAAUUUAUCAAAUAUUUCUACAUAAACUCAAGCAUGAUCUUACAACUUGAAUAAAGGCAUGCAGUCACUCUCUUUGUAACAGCACAGAAGACUGCCACAAGCUGUUAAUGUUACUGGAGAGAGACCACCUGCUUUAGAGAGGAAGAUUUUCAAAAGCAGUCUUGUGAAAUGAGGGAUCAAUUCAAUUUAAGCAUUAAGAACCAGAUUAAAAUGCACUGAACUGUUCAAAUGGAAAAUAUAACUACCAUAAGUAAUGGAUACACUAAAACAUUGUGGGAGGAAUCUAAUAGUUAAAUAUUGAAUAAGGCUCCAAAAAUUAAAUGC